GUUCUGUGUUGUAAACCUAAAAGAUAAACCCAGUUUCAAUCUCUGAUUAGAUAGAAUAGAAUAUCAAUGGAAGUUCCAAAAAACUUCAGUUCAUCUCUCUCUCUCUCUCUAACCUUUAACUACUCAAUUCUCCUUUCUUUAAUACCUGUAGGGUGACCUGCACGGAACCAUGUGCUGACUCCCGAGAAAAGAAAGAAAUUUCACCUCCUCCAACCCCCACAUAACAAUUCUUCCACUCAUCUCUUUCUCUUUACAUCAUCAUCAUUUUCCAUGGAGAAACCGAGAUUCAAACCAGAAAACCCCUCUUCCUCCUCAACUGUUCAAGUUCUCUCUCCAAGCAGCAGUGGAAGGAGGAGUAGCGCUUCAAACUCUCCCGAAUUUGAGUUCUGGAUGGUCAGGAACCCAUCAUUUCCACAACCCCAACUCCUCUCUGCUGACGAAUUGAUCGUCGAUGGUGUCCUCCUCCCUCUUCAACUCCUCCCGCACCAUUCCGAACCACCGGACCCAGAAGAACACAAAGCCGAUUCAGAAACUCCUAAUCCUGAAACUGAGCCUGAACCCGGACCUGGACCGGAGUCAUCAGCCGCGUUAACUGAGUCAUCGACGGUGUUGUCUACUUCAAAACGAUGGAGAGACAUUUUCAGGUUAGGGGAGAAGAAAACAACCACCACAACAUCCUCUACAGCAGCCGAAGACAGAGAGAAGGAUAAAGAGAAGGAGAAGAAGAAAGAGAGAAAGGGUGGUGCUGGUGGCGGCGUUAUCGGGACAGAGCUCAACAUCAAUAUAUGGCCUUUCUCCCGGAGCCACUCCGCCGGGAACAGCGGCAAUAGGCCUAAGAUUGCCUCCGCCACCGCAACCAGGAAGGUGAGUAGCGCGCCCUGUUCACGCAGCAACUCGGCUGGUGAGUCCAAGUCCAGGAAAUGGCCGAGUAGUCCCGGCAGAGGUGGGGUCCAUUUGGGAAGGAGUAGCCCUGUUUGGCAAGUCCGCCGCGGUGGCUCCGGCCUAAAAAACUCCGACCGGACUGGAACGCCGAUGAUGGUCCGGAAUGCGGAUAAGGGUGUGAAGAAAGAAGCCGUAGAAACUCGCCGGAACAAGAACAAUUGUGGUGGAGUUGGAGUUGGAGGCGGAGGCGGAGGCGGAGGCGGAGCUAGGACCAGGGUUUUGAAUUUGAAUGUUCCGAUGUGCAUCGGGUAUCGCCCCCAUUUGAGCUGUAGAAGCUACGCGAACAAUACCGCUGCUACCGCCGGUGGUAAUAAUAGUAGUAGUAGUAAUGGUCAGAGCACCGGUGGUGGUGGUGGUGGGAGUGGGAGAAGCGGCGGCUCCGCUGGUAAUAGUGUGGGUAACCUCUUGAACCUGAGAACCAUAUUCUCGAAGAAAGUGUACUAAACAGGUAAUUGGGGUUUAUUUAAUUGUAAUUUGAAGCUUUCACUUUUGUUAUAACGUGUGUAAUUAAAAAUUAAAAUCUCUAAAUUGCUUCUGAUGCUUGCUUAGAAAGUAAGGCUCUGUGCCUCUGUUUAUGUAUUAUUAACAAAACAUUAACAAGGUAGUUAAAAAGUUAGUUGCUUUGUUUAA